UUAGAAUAUAACCAAAGAGGCAUGCUGAAUUCGCCAUAAUCAAGGAACCUUUUCCGGGUGGGGGACCUCAGAAAUUACUCAGUGAGCAACCCUAAUUAACCUGAUUUUUUGCUGAUAAUCACUCUCAAUGGAAUCAAAUCACAAAUCCGGGGAUGGAUUGAGCGGCACCCAGAAGGAGGCGGCACUCCGCGCACUGGUCCAGCGCACGGGAUAUAGCUUGGUCCAGGAAAAUGGACAAAGAAAAUAUGGUGGUCCUCCUCCAGGCUGGGACACUGCACCUCCAGAAAGAGGCUGUGAGAUUUUCAUCGGAAAACUUCCCCGGGACCUUUUUGAGGAUGAACUCAUACCAUUGUGUGAAAAAAUUGGCAAAGUUUAUGAAAUGAGAAUGAUGAUGGAUUUUAAUGGCAACAACAGAGGCUACGCGUUUGUGACAUUCUCAACUAAGCAGGAAGCCAAGAAUGCAAUCAAGCAACUUAAUAAUUAUGAAAUUCGCAAUGGCCGUCUCCUAGGAGUCUGUGCCAGUGUGGACAACUGCCGACUGUUUGUGGGAGGGAUCCCCAAAACCAAAAAGAGAGAGGAAAUCUUAUCAGAGAUGAAAAAGGUCACAGAAGGAGUUGUUGAUGUCAUAGUCUACCCAAGUGCUGCAGAUAAAACCAAAAACCGGGGAUUCGCCUUUGUGGAAUAUGAGACUCACCGCGCAGCCGCCAUGGCUAGGAGGAGGUUACUGCCAGGAAGAAUCCAGUUGUGGGGACAUCCAAUUGCAGUAGACUGGGCAGAGCCAGAAAUUGAAGUUGAUGAAGACACGAUGUCUUCAGUGAAAAUCCUGUAUGUAAGAAACCUCAUGUUGUCUACCUCGGAAGAGAUGAUUGAAAAAGAAUUCAACAGUAUUAAACCAGGUGCUGUGGAACGGGUGAAGAAGAUCCGAGACUACGCGUUUGUGCAUUUCAGUAAGCGAGAAGAUGCACUUGAAGCUAUGAAAGCUUUAAAUGGCAAGGUGCUGGAUGGUUCCCCAAUUGAAGUGACCUUGGCCAAGCCAGUGGAUAAGGACAGUUAUGUUAGGUACACAAGGGGUACAGGUGGCAGGAACACCGUGUUGCAAGGAGAAUACACCUACCCUCUCAGCCACGUUUAUGACCCUACCACAACCUACCUUGGAGCUCCUGUCUUCUACACCCCCCAAGCCUACGCAGCCAUUCCAAGUCUUCAUUUCCCAGCUACCAAAGGACAUCUCAGCAACAGGGCUCUCAUCCGGGCCCCAUCUGUCAGAGAAAUUUACAUGAAUGUCCCUGUAGGGGCUGCGGGAGUGAGAGGACUGGGCGGCCGUGGGUAUUUGGCAUACACAGGCCUGGGUCGUGGAUACCAGGUCAAAGGAGACAAGCGAGAAGACAAACUCUAUGACCUUCUUCCUGGGAUGGAGCUCACCCCGAUGAAUACUGUCUCUUUAAAACCACAAGGAAUCAAACCUGCUCCUCAGAUAUUAGAAGAAAUCUGUCAGAAAAAUAACUGGGGACAGCCAGUGUACCAGCUGCAUUCUGCCAUUGGACAAGACCAAAGACAGUUAUUCCUGUACAAAGUAACUAUCCCGGCGCUGGCCAGCCAGAAUCCUGCGAUCCACCCUUUCACACCUCCCAAGCUAAGUGCCUACGUGGAUGAAGCAAAGAAUUACGCUGCUGAGCACACUCUACAGGCACUGGGCCUCACCACAGAAGGAGGUGACCCUCGGCCUACAGCACCCACCGCCACAUCUGCCACUGUGUUCCCAGGAUAUGCUGUCCACAGUGCCACCGCCCCCGUGUCAGCAGCCCAGCUCAAACAAGCAGUGACACUCGGACAAGACUUAGCAGCAUAUACUGCAUAUGAGGUCUACCCUACUUUUGCAGUGACCACCCGAGGAGAUGCGUAUGGAGCCUUCUGAAGAUCCCUUUCCUUUAAGAAUAAGCCUUACAGAAUGCUCUGUAGAAGCCCCAAACCUCCAACCAGAUCCCUUGUGAUCAUAGGUCACACCUUCCCCAAAGCCACGCCUUUCCUGAGACUGCCUGCCUGACUCACUCAUUGUACCACUCAUGAAAUGUGAAUAUUAUUCCUCAACAAAACCAAACGUUAAGGAGCCUUAUGCUUAACAGAAAUCUGGAAAAACGCCACUAACAGCAAAGUUGCUCUUCCAAGGAUCCUGAGUGUCUCAGGAAGGGGAUAAAACCCUGACAAAUUGGUGUAUGCUCUCUUAGUACCGAGAGCUGUGGCUGGGCAGAGCUGGGCGGUCAGUAGCAAGGUACAGGCAGUAAAAUUCCUGUCUCAGUCACCGGCUCCCAGCCACUUCAUCACUCAGAGAAUCAAGAGACCAGAGGAAAUCAGGAGGCUUUGUAAGAGGCCUUCAGUAUCACCUACAGUGUGGGGUGUGAUCCCAGGCUGAGCUCAUGAAAACUGUCUGAAAUGUAAUAGAUUCCAUUACCACUUUCAGUCUGAAAUUCCCCUCUUAUCCAUCUGUCAUAGAUCAGCAUCUUCCUGUCCCUGCAGUCUCUGGGGACUGGAAAUCAAUACACUGUGUUUCAGAUAUGCUUGAGACAAAUCCAAACCCUGUAUUCAUUUAACCCAUUAAGCCACUGUUUUUCUUCAGAAUUUCUAUCCUACCCAAAGAUUCCCAAAUCACAGAAACCACACGAGCACUGAGUCCUGGGGUGAAAAAUGACUUUUUCUUGUCUGGAAAUUCUGCCUUGCCCAUGCUAAUUUGCCUUCACCUCAGACUCAUUUUGCUGAUCUCAAACACAGUAAAUCAGAUGUACAUAAAAUCACUAUGAUGUUUUCAUACUCAGAAAAUUGGCCAAAAAGUCAUUUCCAAAAAAAAAAACAAAACAAAAAAAAAAGUGAACUUGUUUUGCUUUUUUCUCACUGUGUAGCCCAGGCUGGCCUCAAAUUUGUAAUCCUCCUGCCUCUACUACCCCUGUGCUGGUGUUGUUAACACACAACACCACACCUACCUCGAAGUAGUUAUGUUAACUUGAAGCUACCUUAGAAUUUUCUACCCAGUUCAUGUUAAUCACCGAAAAUCAUUGCCUUUCCUUUCUUUAUGUUUUGAUUUUCUUUCAUGUGUUCUUUUUUAUUUUAUUUCAUAUGUUUUACCAUGGUUAGGUCCUUUUAUAGGGAAACUAUUCCAGGAAAGCCUUACACCAUCAUGGUUACCCAGAGACUAUCCCUUCAGAGUUCAGUAAAAGUGUUACUUGCCAAAAUGCUCCUGAGAAUUUAGAACCUCUCAUGGUCACUAGGGAAGGGAGACUACAUCCAGAAAUGGAGGUCAAAGGGAUGUGAUGCUCUCAUUCAAAUUAGGUAUGUUCAAAACAGAGAGUCAAAAGUCUGGUACUGAAUACAAUCCCUACUCCAGCCUUAUUUGUGACUUAGGAGACAAAGCACUAGAAUUUCCAUUUAAAGAAAAAGAAAAUACUUGGCUCUUGUGAAAGUCUGUACACCUCAAGCAAAAACACACAGAGAGGUGCAGAAAAUAUUGUCAGCUCUUUAAUGGAAUUCCGGAAUCUAAAAUCAGGCCCAAUUCCAAUCAAAGUCAGGGACAGGUCAAUCAUAGUUGAGUACUUCAUAACCCUCAGUUAUGUGAUUUAGUGAUUCCAGCAGGACAUCUAAUGCCAAAAAACCUCCAGCUGACACUCUGGAAGGCUCUGGAUUUUCUGGCCUUCUUUCUCAGGUUAUUGUGUUCCUGUGCAAAGGAACUCCCAAGCUUGGCAUCACAUCCAAAACACCUGGAGAACUUCCAAUACGCUAAGGCCAAGGUCACCUGUCAAUUACGUCAGAGAGUCUUGGCAUGGAAGCCUGUUGUCAAUGUUUCCUGAUGAUUCCUGGGUGAUUUGAAUAUGCAGCUUGGUGUGGAGAUUGUUAGAGCCUUUGUAGUCUACUCUUCCUCUUUCAUUCUUCCCUUUCCAAUUCAACUUUAGCUAAAUACAAAAUUUAUAUACAUUGUCUUUGUUAAAACAAAUAAUCAUAGCGUUGUCAUUAUAGCCAUCUCACACACUCUGAGUCUGAAUAAAUUCAUAUUGGCUUCAAACUAAUUCUUAAGCCAAACUCUAACAUCAAGAUGAUUUUAUCAACACACUAGUAAUCGCCAGACUUUAGAAAUCAAAUUCUAAUUUGCUAGACUAGUAUAAAUGAUUGCUCACAGUAUUUUGUCAGUAUCUUAUGGCUGCCCUGAUGAUUUUAAGUUUUUCUAUGAAGACCUAAGAAGCAUGCAUGGCAAAACAAACAAACAAACAAACAAACAAACACCAGGGAGAUGGAUUAGGAUUUGGAAGGCUGGAGAGUGAUAGUGUUAAUUUCCUAAAUCUACAAUAUAAGCAUUAUGCACAACUAACCUUCGGUUUGACACUUGAUCUUUUUAAAGCUUAUUUUGAGGCACAUUUGUUGGUACAAGCCUGAGAUCCCAGUACUUGAGAAGAAGAGAGAGGAGAAUGAAGAGUCUGAGGUCAGCCUGAGAAGCAUAGAGCGAGUCUGUCUUGAAAAUGUUAAAAAAAAAAAAAAAAAAAAACAAAGAAAACCAACUAAACCACAAGAAAACACAUAAUUUUUCUUACCUAUUAACUGCUGUCCUUUCUCAAAGAGCUGCUCUUCAAUUCCACAAUCUAGGUAAAUCAAGAAGAGCACCUCCAACUGCAGCAAACAAAACUUCUCCUAGAUGAUGAGGGUAUGUCCAGCAGCCAACAGAAUCAUGCCAAACAGCACUCAAAGUGGUGUAGGCAAGCUACCUCAUAUAACAAAAUAGUGACAUCAAAAACUACCUGACAAGGAGGAUCAUAAGUCAAAUACAUAAAAUUAGUUUUUGUUUCAUUUUAAAGGUUUUUAAGUUAUUUUAGUCACAUAGAAUAGCAAAAAUGCUUUAGCAAUAAUUUUCAAAUUACAUUUAUUUUCAGAACAUUUUACAUGACUCUUAGAAUUCUGUCUUGGUCAACCGAGCCAUGCUGAAAUCCAUGUUAGCAAGGAGAUGCACCAGGGGGCAUGGCAUGCUUAAUAAUCAUGGUUGUGGUUAUGGCCCUUAAUUUGAAUUCAUGCAAAAGUUUAGGGAGGAGCAUACUAAAAAUUAACCUAGAGACUUGGCAUAUUCCUUAUCUUAUGAAUACGCUUUUAUGUAUUUUAUAGAUACACAUUAUAUACAUAUAUACACAUACUGUUAGAGAUACAAUUUAAACUUAAAAUACAGAGAGAUAAGAAUUGUGUCAUAAAUAUUUGAAAAGAACAUGUUGGCAUUGUGCCAUGACUUGGGCAGCAGAAAGAAAUGAGGCCAUUUGACAUGGCACCACCGUCAUGGCUUUUAGACAGUUCUGGAACCCAGUGAUGAGGCUUCCCUCAUUCCAGUAGUGUCCUGGAAACAUCCUGAAUUAAACUCUGACAUAAGCCUAGGAAAUGUAAUGUGCCUUCCAGGCCUUAAAUUUGUAUGUGCCAAUCUUUAGAGGAAAGUGAGUAGAGUUCUCAUGAGCUAUUAGGAAAAUGAUGCUUUCCUAACUCUUUUCUUGUAAAGUAAAACAUUACAUUUUUAUUAAAUAAAAAUUAUAAAGCAUUCUAUAAACCCCCAUGUCCAAUAUUUUCAAGUGCUGGAUUUCUCUUUAAAUGUUUAGACAAAAGAACAGUGCUGCGAUUCACAUCUCGAGCACACAGAAGCAUUUACGGCAAACUGUAAAUUUGUGUUCCAGUUCACCUCAAUUUUGUAGUAACUUCUUAAAUGAAUUCAUAACUAAUCUAAAAGAGGAAAAAAUUAGAAAGCAGAAGCUUCAUUUCUUCAAAUGUGUCUGGAGUCAAAUCUGGACCACUACAGAGCCUCUCCCAACAGGCAUGUCUCGGUUUUGAGAGCAAAACCAAAAGGAAGAACACGGUUGGCUCUCUUUUCUCUUAUGCUUGUUUAACGGAAAGGUAAAUAUCGAGGAACAGUCCCAUAGAAGCUGAACAGAGGCAAGAUGGAAGAUGCUCACCCUCUUCCUUCACUCAAGCUAGUGAUACCUCCAACUAGAAAGAAUUUCUUGUGUAAAUGUUUCCAUUCUGCCCUUUCCCUUCUGCUUUACGGAUGCCCCCAAACACGAUGCCCUUCGCACGUCCCUUCACCGUUCCUGUUGUUCUUCACCUUCCUCGCCCGUGCUCUUCACAGUCAAGGCUUUCAUCGCUGCUUAAUGGAAAAUAGCAUCAAGGGGUUAUGUUCCUUUUCAGGAAAUUCUUGCCUGUUGCUUGCUGUCUUUACUAAUGCUGAAAUUUUUGCUAGCUGCAUUGAUUGACAGCUAUUGUAUUGACCUGUUCAUACAAAAUGGAAGGCGUUUUUGUCUGCUGUGUUCUUUGCUUACUAUGUGCCCACUGUUACUCCAGAAACAGGGGAUACAAACACACAUAUUUCUGUUCCUCUCUGCAAUAGAUGCACAAUCCAGUUAUUAAGCUAGAAGUUUUUGUCACUGGGUCAGAAUCCCUAAAAUAAAACAAUUCCGUCCUAACCCUUCUGUUUCCAGCACUGCCACCCAACAUGAGCAACAAUUGUUUUAAAAAGUGAAACGAAUUUCAAGUGUUUCUUCCCAGGAAAAUACCAAGAACUAUGCAAACAUAGAAAAUAAAGGUUUAGUUACUCGAAAGCUUUAACAGACAUAAGGAAUGUGGACAUAAAGACAUUAAGGAACUCCACUUAAGGUGUGGAGUUCACAACAGGGCUUAUUUACUUGAAAACAUUUUGCUCAUUAAGUAUUUCUGUUUGCUAACUCUGCCUGUUAUUCAAAACAGGAGCCUUAGCCAUAUCUCCAUAUCUUCGCCGAAAGUGAUUCUCAGGUGCAGUCACUGUAUCUUUCACAAUAUACAAUUCUAUUUUGAAAUGUCCUAUUUUCUAUUUAGUUCCUAAGAGAUAUUAGGGGGUUCAAACUGCAAGUGUUUGUUUAAGUCAAUCAUUAUUUUCUUGCUUUAACUGUUUGAUCACUGGUAUUUUUAGUGCUAUUCUCUCCUAGAAAUUUCUUUUCUUAACCAAUUUUUGUGAGUACGGUCAGACAUUACUGUCUCUUAUCUUUUAUCUUUUAUCUUUUAAUGAAAAGAAAGAUUUAAGCAAACUGUACUUCCAGGUCCAAGGUGUUAACACCCUUGCUUCUUUUCUUUUUUUGUUAUUUAUAUGGAUUUACCUAAAGUACCCCCAAAAGAUACAUAUAUAUAUAGAUACAUAUAUAUAUAUAAACAGUAUUAAAGAGUGUGCAUAAGACACUUAUUUUUGUACUUUGAGUACAAUGUUUUAUAGAGCUACAUGAUCUAACUAUAUAUUAAGUAAAAUAAUAUCAUUCUCUUAUUGGAAAAAUGAUUGUUGCUUUGGAAAAUACAAAUAUACCAGUCAUCUUAGAAUCAUAAAUCAAAUGAAAUGAGAAAUUAUGCAGUUUUGGGUAUUUCAGGAUGGUGAUAUGGUUUUAAUUGAGUUUCACGGUUCCAUAAUAAAGUUUUAGAAAUUAUCAA